AUGGCAGAGGGAGAGGCCUCAAGACGUUGGGAGGCAGAGAGGAGAGAUGUCAAGAGGGCUGAGGCCAGGCUCAGCCAUGGACUGCGGAGCGUGGAAGAAGCCCAUCUCUCUUACUUGAACUCAGUGACCAAGGAACAGAAGCGCCUCAAGCAGGAACUCCUGAAGUUGCAGAGAAGCCACUCCAAGCAGAAACUCUCUGUGGACACUGGGCAUCUUAGCAUCAAACUGGCUCUUCCUCUGUUGUCCCCUCAGGCAAGGCAGGAUUACACUUGCUCCCAUGAUGCAACACUGCGAUCCAGGAGGAAAACCUUGCCCAGGACAGGAGGGUUUUCGGGGGCAAGCCAGCUACACUUGCAUCCCCAAACACUCAACAGUGAAGUCUCUGGAUGUGAUGAGGACAGAAAGGGGUACUUGCCACCCUUGAAGGCCAAAGACCAAAACACCAUUGAUGAUAGAGACAUGACCACCCUUAAAGACUCCAUCACCAAGCAGCUGAACAUCUCAGCAGAGUCUGUGGAGAAAGAGGAAAUCGAUAGCACUGAGGAUGGAAGGAAAGAGUCCGCAAAGGAAGAGCCUAGAGAUGUUGGACCCAAAGGCACCACCACCACCAAGCUCAUGUAUCUCCCACCAAAGCGAAGGCCUUCCUUUGGUCAUGAGAGGCUGAUCACGGAUCCAGAGGCCUAUGCUGCAGAUGGAUGCCUCAGGACCAUGUAUAGCAGGCCAGAUUUCCUCAAGGCCUAUGCUGAAGCUAGGAAAGCCCGCUAUAUCCGGCACAAGUACCUUCCCGGCUGGGAAAAGGAGCUCAGCCUCCAGGAUAUAUUUGGGCACAAAAAGUCCAUAGACUACAUCCCUCAGGAGCAGGCUGUGGUGAAACCAAAUCCCUAAAUCAGGG